AUGCGUACUAAUAGUAAUAACAAUACAAAAACCUCAUAUAACGGUAAUAUGUCAGAUUUACCCGAUAUAAUAGAACCGGGUAUCACUAUACCAAUCUAUUCUGAAGAUUUUCCAGAUAGAACUCUAACCUCAAAGGAUUCUAAAAGUAGUCCUAAUUCCAAAGACAAAGACAGAGACAGGGACAAAGAGAAAAAUUCCCAGGAUGAAGGAGAGAAGAUUGAUAUUUCAAAAGCUCCUAAUAAACUAGGAUCUUAUAGAUCCAAAGCAGGUAAAUUUUCUAAUACAUUGAGUAAUUUCUUACCUUCUAUUAGUGCGAAAUUACAUCAUUCGAAGAAAUUUGAUAGUAUAGAUAACAGUAAGAAAGGUACCCCUAUUACUUAUUCAUCUUCAAGUAAUACCGAUAGUACUCUAUCUACCGAGGUCCAUAAUAUGAAUCAUAGUAGUAUUUUUGAUGAGAAAAACUCAACUUCUAAUUCGAAUUCUCCGUCAAAUAUACUGGAAUCUCUAGAAAAUGAGCAGAAGAAAAGUAACGAUAUGGUACAAUCAAAAACUGAUUACUCAUUUACUACUCAAAACGAUUCAUACACUUUUAACAUUCUACCAACUAUGACGUCACAAAGUGGUUCAAGGCCAAGGAAUAAUACCAUAUCCUCUCAGUUCACUGAUAUAUCUUCAAUUCCAGGGAAUUUGACUCUUUGGCCGUCAAAUCACUCGGCAAACAAUAACAAUAACAACAAUAAUCCAAUGACUCCAAUAAAAUUGGAUUCUAAUAACAACUUCAAUAAACCGGAUGAUUCUUCUUCCUAUUUUGGUCCCUUAAUGCGGUCAAUGACUAAUGAAUUAGUUGAUACAAGUAAUGAAACUUUUAAUAUAACUAAAAAUAACUCUAAUACCUUGAACCUUAAUGCUCCUUCAAUUGACAUCCCAAAUAGAAGGAGAGCGCAAUCAACUACAUUGAAUAUGUUCAAUGAUCCUAACAAAUUUACAAAUGUUCCAAAUUUAUCACGUCCCCGUGCUACUUCAAACUUUAUUCCAAAUCCGAUCACAACCCCUGAUUUACCACUAAUUCAAGAUAAUAUCGAUCCAUCUUCAAUCAGUUGGAUUACUACCAGUACAAUGGUGCCCCAAAUAUAUCAAGUGAACACUUUAUUACCUACUAAUACACUAUUAUUUUCAAAUAUCCUUCCAAUCCAACCAUUGUCACAAUUGCAACAACAACAAAAACAACAACAUAUACCAAGAAAUUUAGCAAGUACAUCAUUAGCGACUAUCUGUUCUAGAUUUGGUCGCAUCAUAUCGUCAAGAACUCUGAAAGGAAUGGACAUGGCAUUAAUCGAAUUUGAGUCGAUAGAUUCUGCAAUCACAUGUCUGGAGGCCCUACAAGGGAACGAAAUAUCUGCAAUUGGGUUACCAACAACUAUUACUUUUGCUAAAAUCUUACCAAUCUACGAUAAUACUCAAAAGUUUAGUAACUAUAAUAAGAACACUAAUAAAGCAAGAAAUCAAGUCCCACAAGUAAUGAUAUCCUCAUCUUCUCCUCCAGAAAAGAACAAUAUGAAUCAAUCUCUAUUACAAGAGCAACUAUAUAAGAGUUCGAACCUGCAAUACUUGCCACAGUCGCAACAACAACAGCAGUAUCCAAUGUUUAACUCACAAUUUCAAAGUUCAAAUGGUCUACCACAAAACAAUCUAGGCCCACAAUUGACUCGUAUGUCAUCAAAUCCAAAUGCAUCAUCACCUAUUCAAAUAACUGCUGUUGAAAAGGAUGUUUGUCCGUUUACUUUACCCCCACCAUCAUUUAACUCUCAGCAGGAGACGUUCUAUUCAAUCUUGAACUCUUUUAACCUUAAAUAUGACAAAAUUCAAGUUAGUCAUAUAAUUGCAAAUUCCAUCGAUAGUGCUGAUAUUUCCCAAAAAAAUAAGACGAUGAAGGCACCUGAUACGUCCAAUUUUGGACCAACUCCAACUCCAACUAAAAUGAGAAGAUUCGAUACUCCCAAAUUACGUGAAAUAAGAAAAAACAUUGAUUCCAAUUCAUUAACCAAUUUAGAAAUUGAACAACUGGCCAUUGCUAUGUUAAAUGAAAUACCUGAAUUAAGUUCAGAUUAUUUAGGUAACACCAUAGUUCAAAAAUUAUAUGAUAACUCAUCAGAUGUAAUUAGAAUCAUGAUCUUAAGAGAAAUUAAUAAAUUUUUAACAUCAAUUGGUGUACAUAAAAAUGGUACCUGGGUUUGUCAAAAAAUUGUUAAACUAGCAAGAACUCCAAAACAAAUUCAACUAAUCACUUUAGGAGUCCAAGAUUAUUGUACUUCAUUAUUCAAUGAUCAAUUUGGUAAUUAUGUUAUUCAAGGUGUCUUAAAAUUCGGAUUCCCAUGGAACAAUUUUAUAUUUGAGAAUAUUAUUGAGAAUUUUUGGACUAUCGUUCAAAAUAGAUACGGCGCUCGUGCUAUUAGAGCUUGUUUAGAAUCUCAAGACAUUAUUACUCCUGAACAAACUUUAACUUUAAGUUCAUUGAUCAUAUUGUACGCUGAAUAUUUGAUAACCAAUAAUAAUGGUACUCUUUUAAUUACAUGGUUCCUGGAUACGUGUACGCUAUCAAAUAGAUUCGAAAUCUUAACGAAGAAAUUGGUACUCUCCUUAGGUAAAUUAUGUUGUCAUAAAUUAGGUUCUUUGACAAUUUUGAAAUUAUUGAAUUAUCGCGGUGCUGAAAGUGAAAUUAUAAGAAAUUUAAUCCUGGAACCAAUAUUUGGAACGAUACAUGAUGAUAAUGAAGACCAUUCUGCUGUUAUUACUUCAGAUGAUGAAAAUGAUGAAAAUGUGAAACAUGAACAUGCUCGCACAAAAUUGCUAUUGACAACACUUCUAAAUGAUUCAAACUAUGGUCCAACUUUUGUCUACAAAGUAUUAACGUCAAGAAUAUUUGAGGGCUCGCAAAGACAACACAUCAUUGCUCAAAUCCGCACCAUAUUAAUUGAAACAAAACCAAUUCAACAACAUCGUCGUUUAAUGGAGGAAGUUGGUCUUGUAAAUAUAGGUCCCCAAGGCUAUCAAACAAAAUCCCAUAAAUCGAUUGGCCAUAUUUUCAAUCAAGAUAGAUCAAGGUUAAAUAGAACAUCCUCCAUUUCCAGUAACAGGAGCUCAAAUUUUGUUAUUCAAAGUCCGCAGAGGAAUCAACCAUUACAACAGCAAUAUAAUCAACAAAUUCAGCACACAAUUCCUCAAAGUUAUCCGAAUCCUCUCAUACCUCCUCCUCCCUUAACACAACCAAUACCAUCCUCCAAUAGCAUUGGAUAUUAUAACCAAAACCCAAAUAUGGGAAUGAAUCCAAGUAUAAAUAUGAAUAUAAACCCUAACAUGAAUAUGAACUUGGGAAUGGAUCCCAAUAUAACCAGGAAUAUCAAUACAAAUUUAGCCUUAUAUUCAAUGAAUUUCAAUGCUAAUGGCUAUAAUAAUAAUGACAGUACUUUUAUGAAUAACAUGAACAAUCCAAACAAUAAUAACAAUAGUAAUAUUGCUGCUAAUAUCAUUAACGACUUUCCUAAUGGCCUGAAUUAUGAGAUGGCAAAUUUGACUAACACAACAACACUAUCAUUACCUAACAGUGGCUCAAAUGUUUUAAACCGCACAUUAAGCAAUGCCACAACAGAUACCAAUACUACAAGAUUUGGUACUGGCACACACAAUUUUUAG